AUGUCUUCCCUACUGAGAGAUGAGAUGCAGAAGAUGGUAUUUCAAUGUGAGGGCCAGAAACUGGUGGAAUUCAUUGAGAUUGAAGAACAGGACCCGGGAAGGCAUUUUCUCUGUGUUUCAGUGGACAAGAGCAAACAGGUACACAUCUGUGUGGUGACAUCGCAAAAGCCUAAGAGGUCCCACAAAAGCGGAUCCAAGAAGAAGAAGCUCCUGCCCCUGGAGACCCAGCGCCUGGGCUUGAUCGACUCCUACAAGAUCACAGACGUCUGGCUCCUGCAGGAUCUGGUCCUCUUAGAUGGACGGAAUGCUGAUGUGGACGAUCCCAGUUUCCUGUUGCACUUUGACAAGGUGCGUCAAGUUACAGCAAUCAACAGUGGCGCCAAGUACGCCAUGGCGCGAGCCCUGCUCGGCCUGAGUGACAAGUACUGCCAGAGCCAGCUGACCCUGCAGAACUUUGACUUAGCUUACAUCCAUCCUACCUGUGUUUACACCGAUCGAGGAGACUGUGUGGUUCUCCUGCAGAUUUGCUUCUACGCUGUUAACCUAGUCUGCCUGUCUCUCUGUCCUGUGCCACUGGACUGAGCGCAUGUAUAUGCAGUGCACCCAUGUGCGUGUGUGUACGCGCUUGUGUGUAUUUCUAAACUCAAACGUUACUUUUGUGACGAAUGUUAGUUUGUGAAAUAUUAUGAUUCCAUGUGUGCUAAACUGACACAAGGCUAAAGACUGGUAAUAAACCUUACAAGGAACUGAAAUAGUACAAUUAUUUGACUGGUUGACAGAAAGAUACACAACCGACCCAUUAGAUGGCAGCAGUCAAACAAAAUUAGCCUCUGACAUCAUUUCAAUGUUUUU